GUAGUUACUAUAAAGUAAAAGUAAACAAAACAAACAGCGCUCCGUUGUAACUGCAGUGUAUUGAGCAGCAAAUCGAUAAUCAGUUGUAUUGCGACCUCGUCGGCGAGUAGAGCGUAACCAGGCCAAACAAACGAAAUAUAAAUACAUAUCAGAAUGCUGCCGCUUCCAAGUACAGAUCAGGAUCUACGCUGCCCUGGAUUCUGCGAUUGCCGUUUCCCCAGCUGCAUCGAUGUAGCCAACCACAAGGGACAUAUACCCGACUUGGUAAAGUGCCGCUGUGGUGAGGACAGUGCUAAUGGUCUGCAGUGGCAGUGGCACCAAGCGGAAGAGUCCGAUGCACAAAUCAUAGGCAGAGACAUCAUAUUCCAUCCCACAUACAGUCAGGGCACGGCCAUUGUGCGUGGCGAGCAACCACUGCAGCAGGACAAAGUGCACUUCUGGGAGAUGCGCGUCAUUACAGCGCUGGCAGGUACAGAUGUGAUGUUUGGCAUAGGCACUGACAGCGUUAAUCUGGAACAAUUCAAAUUCCACUUUGUUUCUGCAUUGGGUACCAAUGCUCAAUCUUGGGGCUAUUCAUACAAUGGUAAAAUUCAGCAUUGUGGUGACCAGCUGCCCUACGGCCAAAAGUUUUCCCAGGGCUGCUUGGUGGGCAUCUAUUUGGACCGCACGCGUGGAUACUUGGAGUUCUAUUUGAAUCGCCGCUCACUGGGUGUUGCCUACACAAAUAUACCAACAGAUCCGCAUGUCAAAAUCUAUCCGAUGGUCUGCUCCACAGCUGCCAAGUCUGUCAUACGGCUGAUUAACUCCACAUCACAGCCGGUUACACUGCAGCUGAGAGCAUUUGAGGCGCUAGCCAAGCAGCCGCAAAAACUCGAUGAACUGCGUCAAAUGCCCGGCUUGAAUAACAUAAUGCAAUCGUAUUGGUUUCUGGCUCCACCCGUGCGUUAUUCCAGAUGCUCAACGGACCUCGAGCUGGACCUCGGCGAUGAGGCGGUGCUGCCAAGCUCCAAACUACGCCUGGGUAGAAAGCAAAAAUAUAGAGAAACCGAUGAUGUCAACAUCGAUGAGGAUCUAUAUGCGAAUGCGCACAAGAUUCCGGUGCGGCGUAGCGAGAGCGGCGAUGAGGAAUAUGCCUCAUCCAUACACGAAUUCUGUGAUGAAUAUUUUCACUAUUUGUUGUAGGUGGCCAUAGCUUAGCUCUAAUAGAUUUUUUUUUUGCAUUUAUUAAAAUACAAUGUACUCUAAAUAGGCAUAAAGCCUAAAUAUAUAUUUCUUUAUGUAAGUUCCAGUGUA